AUGACCUCUACUCUAGGUCCGCCACCGCCAUACUACGAGAACAGGGGCUUCCAGCCAGAGCCCCCCUACGCUGCCAGGCCGGCAGCAGGUGCUCACCCCUACCCACAGCUCUUCCCCACAAACCCUCCCUCCGUGCCAAGCUACGUCCCAAGGGUUGCCACCCACCAGUCCACCAGGCCAGCAGCGCCCCCGCCCAGGAGAACCUGUGCAGCCAGUCUAAGGAAAACCAUAAUAAUAAUAUUAUCUAUAUUAAUAGUAAUUUGUUGUGCAAUUGCUGCUUUCUUCAUCUGGUAUUUUGUAGAGAACAACUGUCUGAGCUCCCUGAUUGAGUGUGGCUCCUCAGGGGUGUGCAUGCCCCCCUCCCAGUGGUGUGACGGCGUGAGCGACUGCCCCAACGGGGAGGACGAGACGCGCUGUGUUAGACUUUUUGGACCAAAUUUUAUCCUGCAAGUUUAUUCACCUGUCAGCAAAUCCUGGUAUCCUGUUUGCCAAGAUGACUGGAAUGAUGAUUAUGGGAAGAUUGCAUGCAAAGACAUGGGCUACAGUGUGGAUACCUAUUUCUACAGUCGUGGGGUACCUGACGUCAGCUUUAAGAGCUACAUGAAGCUGAACACAAGUGCUGGGAACAUAGACUUGUACAAAAAGCUGUACAGCAGUGGUUCCUGUGCCUCAGGAAGUGUGGUUUCUCUGCGCUGCAUAGAGUGCGGCCUGGCCAGCAAGAGCGCGAGCAUCAUGAACAGGAUCGUGGGCGGCAGCGGCGCCGUGCUGGGGCAGUGGCCGUGGCAGGUCAGCCUGCACGUGCAGGGCACCCACGUCUGUGGGGGCUCCAUCAUCACCCCACACUGGCUUGUGACAGCAGCACACUGCGUGGAAGGGCGACUGUCUGACCCACACAGCUGGAGGGUUUAUGCUGGGAUUCUCAAUCAGGAUGAGAUGCUCUUCAGAAGUGGAUACAAAGUGCAACUGAUAAUUUCCCACCCAGAUUAUGACACAGACUCCAAAGACAAUGACGUUGCCCUUAUGAAGCUGGAGACACCACUGAGUUUUACUGAAAAUGUGAGGCCAGUUUGUCUGCCCAAUCCAGGAAUGAUGUUCCAGCCCAACCAGCAGUGCUGGAUAUCAGGGUGGGGAGCAGAGUACCAAGGAGGUAAAACAUCAAAUAACCUGAAUUACGUUGCGGUGCCCCUCAUAGAACGUUCCAGGUGUAAUGCUGUUUAUAUCUACAAUGGCAUGAUUCUGCCUACAAUGAUCUGUGCUGGAGACCUGGCAGGGGGAAUUGAUUCCUGUCAGGGUGACAGUGGAGGUCCUCUGGUGACUCACCACCACUCUGUGUGGUGGCUGGUUGGGGACACCAGCUGGGGCACUGGCUGUGCCACUCCCAACAAACCUGGAGUGUAUGGGAAUAUGACUGUGUUUACAGACUGGAUUUAUAAAAAUAUGCAGGCAAACAGAUGACAACACUCUCAUUGCUAAUCGAUGUUCCUGAGGACAAGAAUGAAUGAAGCC